UUACUUAAUAUACUUCCUAGCCCAUCACACGCACAGGUGCGAGUCGCAGUAGAGUGCCACUUAUUGGAUUUAUAUUAGAUAGCAAUAAUUUAUCUCUCCUGCUAUCAUGUUCCCAAACUUGCAGUACAUUAGGACGUCCAGUGCAAUCAUGAUUAGAUUCUUUCAUUUAACCUUUAUUUUUUAAACGGUAGCCUUUAAGUUGCGUUAAACAAAGUAAGCUUCUCGUUACUUCUUCGCCUACUUAAUGUUACGGUAGCCAAAAACAAUUUCACUUAUUUACCAAUGCCACCAUCGUGGUAGGUAAAACCAUACGAAUUUUACCUUACUUCUACCAUUUUGGGUUUACGAUCUAAUCGUCCUCUCCUAAAGCUAGUAUUAAAACGAAAUGCUAUAACAAAUGAAACGAAUAGUUAUUAGCGCAAUCCUAAUCCCUAGAUUGAACUUACCUAUCGAUAACGUUACCAUGCUUUAUGUUUUCUAGACCAGUUUUGCAUCGUUUUACCUAUUACAGUAUUAAUUUAUAUUUAUAACUCUUAAAACACUACUACACUCACUCACACACACACACGCAACGUUAUUUUCUGAGGUUCGGGUGCCGUUCAGCCGAGCGCCCUCUUAUCUUUCUAGAGAGCAAACAGAAGGCCGAAUUUUGUAACAAAAUAUUGCAAAAAAGCGCCAUUGGGUUUCCUGCUUCAUCGUACUAGUCAUCUGUAGGCUAAGGUAAAAUUAUAUCAUCUUAACAAAUCUAUACAAGCCCGCCAUCGUUGAGCUUCUUGCGUUCGGUAGUUUUGCAUCCCUCCAGGAGCCUGCACCCCAGAUCGCAUUUGGUGCAGGCCGGAAAGUCUAGUAAUCGGAUUCCUGCCUAAAGUUUAAAUGAAAACAAAACUUACAUACACACACACACACGAAACAUACCCAAACACACAUACACACGCAACACCUUAGGGAAUGUAGUAGGGUACAUAAUAGAGAGCAUGAACGAUUUACUUCACGCAUCAAAGUUUAAGGGUAACAUUAUUCGAACGCGGCACGAAGUACACGAAACACUUGGUUGGUGUGCCUGUGACCGUAGUAAUUUAGCGUUUAAAUUAGAACUCGCAUAAGGGAACCUAUUUGAAACGAGGAAUCUACAGCUAAGCAAAGCCAAAAAUGAACAGUACAGUAAUGCGCGUGCCAUCAAAAAAGGGGGAAGUUUUGAAUGGCCGUUGCCGUAUUAUUGGCACGAGGGUAACGAGGGUUUACAUUAUUUCUAACACACACACACACAUUAAAAGAAAAACACUUUAAACAUUGUGCAUCAUUAAUGCUAGAUACUAGAUUUAGCGUGCAACACUAAACCAAAAUGCAAACGAUACAUCGUUUUUACAAUUAUAAGUAGUGUGGUAAUGAUUUCAAGUCCUCAAAGUCCCCGAUACUCUUCAAUACCCGCUGAUUACCCCGAUCGAACGAGCAUUAAUAGGUACACUAGAGCAAGAUUUUUCUCCACUCAGCUAUAAAUGCUGAUAACACAAAGAAGCGAUUAUUUUCUGUUUCAAGAUACAUAACCUCAAAAUUGAAACCAUCGGAUUAACCGUGUUAGCUUAAAGAAUUAAUAUUUUCACAAAACCAUUUAUUUGUGCACAACUGUAUUACUUUACUUAUCAACAUGCCUUCAGGGAUGAACCAAGCUUAAGCCACACGCUUAUUUGCUCUCAUUUUCUAUUCUAUGCUUCUCAGAAAUUUCAUUUGAACGAUCUCUUAGUUACCCUUUCGGAUUCCGUUAACUGCAAGUAGGGUUUUAUAAACAGCUACAGAGCAAACACAAGAAACAAAACAAAAAAUCUUAACUGGAAACAUAUUAUUGUUAGAUAAACCAACAAAAUGGGCUGUGAUUUCAACGUAUGAUUUGCAAACACCGACUACCAGAUUUAAUAAAACCCUACUCAAACAUACACACACGCUGCUCGAAUUGAAUUACGUUUUGUUGGUUCUGUAUCCGUAUUGGAACCAAUUAUGCUAUCGUUUCCCUUGCCGCAAUUUUAUUUUACAAUAGUUUUUAAUGCUUUUAAAAUUGUUUCCAGUUGUCGGCAAAAAAUCGGCCUCUUAAACCUACCAAUACAGAAACAAUUCUUCCUUUCUUUUGUCCCUGAAGGUAUGCUGAGACGGAGACAGAGAGUGCAAUUACCGCUCAGUGUGUGGUGGCACCGCAGGACGAAGAGCCUGCCUAGGGAUUAUACACAAACGUUAGAACAAAAUCUCCCGAGCCCGAUAUCUAAACUAAAAUGGUCUUUUACCUUUGCCAAAUUGCGUGGAAAAGAUUGCGAAGUUUGAAAAAAAAAAAUGCACACGAGUUUCCCGAUCGGUAACACUUGUACCCGAUUGUAGAAAAAUUUGACAGUGUGACAUACACUCACACACUGGCCUGUACAUACAUGUAGAAUCGAUGCAGCCAUUUUUCUCUCUCUACUCUACUUAUAUAAAGCAUUAUUACCGCAACGACAAAACAAACAAAAAAACAGCAGCCCCCACCCGAACAUCCAUUAGCAUACCUAGCAAAAGUUCUAAAACUUAUACGACAGCCGUUAAAAUGCUGACAGCGAGCCGUGCGCGCGCCGUAAUGGAUGCGUUGAACUAUAUGCAUUGAAAAGCCAUAUCAGUUAUUGAAACUAAAAGUUUCAUUUUCAAAUGCUAGUAAGGCGGUGGCAGUGCAGUGAAAACAUCCUAACGACAUACACUCACACUGCUCGGUUGAACAUACCACUAAGGAUGGUCGAUUCGAUUCGAUUCGAAAAGCAACCAACCAACCAACCAACAAAAAAAUGCUCCACAUUAUAGCAAAACCAAGUAAACAAGACUAGUCAAAUAAUUAUUAAAGAAAACAAAAACCAAAUAAAAACACCCAGUGAAUCCAAUCACACAAACAAAAACACACAAACACACACACAAACAUAUAAGCUACUUGAACAGAUUUAAACAAAGAAAAAAAACACAACAAAGUAUGAAUGAAAAAAAAAACAAUGGACUACAGCCCAACGAACGUGAACCCACCUUCUUCGAGAGAAAAAACUGUGAAACUUUUCCGUCAGGUUUGAUUUUUCUCUCACAAAUCCCUCCCCCUCUAUAUAUUUCUCUCUCCCUCCCUCCCAAUCUUUCUCUCUCUUUCUCUUAAGCCUAGGGAACUUUCAUUUGUAUCCCUCCUAAGCUGCCUGCCCUUAAAGUAAAAGAGUGUAGUUAGUUGAGUCCUCCCAAUAUCUCGAGGUUUAGCCAAAUGUCCAUAUCCAUCUCUGUGGCGCGUAUUCCCUUCUUUCGCUUUUGCAACAAGAUUACUCUUCUUGAGAAACUACCAUCUUGAUUCAAAUUCUUGCAAUCGGACCUGUCAGAGAUAUUUAAAAGAAUUUAUGUCACAGAUAACAUCUCUUAGUUCAGGUUUUUUUAUAAACAAAAAAAAACCUAAUUUCUUGAUCAACUUGUCCACUCCACAAUCCCUUAAGUUCGUGUUCCCCAAAAUUCCUUACCCCAAGCAGCAACAUAAUCCAGAGAUUGCGACAUUAACUUAAACUGGGAGAUGGGGAGUGACUAUGUAGCAUCAUCAAGGGAAACCCCAAAGCGAAGGUAAUUUAUAGUAUUAAGCAAACCAGGAGAUGCAACCAAGUUAUGUAGACGAGAAAACCCGGAACGAUUGUAGGAUCGGCUAUCGCUCGCUGUGUCUACAGCGCUGAUGCGGAACGUAGGUGACAUUUACACCCUGUAUCGAAUCCGUACUGAACCCAGUAGCGUCAGGUAGAGAGUGAUCCUCGGGUGGAGAAGCAGAACUGUCAAUAUCGUGGGAAUCGCUCCAUUACGUAGUGCCCUUUCCGGAAGCAACAGUUCGUUUUUUGCCGUACAUCAUCAACUAUCACCAAUUAUAUUCUUGAUCACAGCUCAUCGUGUUUUAAUGUGUUUUGUACCACAAAAACGAUCACGAUCGAGAUCAUUCUUAAUGCAACCAGAUAUUGGGUUAAUCUUGUUUUGAAUAGUUGGAUAGAAUGUUUCACUUUCACUUCUUAGAUUGAAGGCAUUUUGAAGGCACAUCUCUUUAAACCAUCCAUCAUAGCCCGAUACCAGCGACAGCUAGCGGAAUUCUUGUGAACCACACAGGGACGACUAAAGUUCACUCCUUGCAAACAAUUCUAUGCUCCACACCUACACGAUAGUAUACACAUGAAUCUAUAUAGAUAUAUACAUAUAUACACUCACAGUGCGUAUAUACACAUAUUUAGAGAUAACAUUAUUAUAUACAUUUACCGUUCAGAACCGCGUGUACACAAACCAACUCACACACCGACAAAUACACCCUUCAGCAGUAGGGGCCACCCUCAAACACAAACUUACAUUCAGCGUAGCGUAGUUAUAUGAUCAACACACACAAACACGCGAACCAAUACAACUACUAUAACAAAGUGCGCCACCCAUCUCAUAGGGUGGACACAGCAGAGGCACACACACAACAGAAAAAACGUAAACCAUUAACACUAGUAAGAACAAAACGUUAUUUUAAGUCUUAAACUAGUUAAGGGAGGCGUGGCGUGAGAUAAAUGAAAUAAUAAUUGUGGAACGUUGCUUCCACUGUACAUUGGUGUUUGUACGAUCGCGGCGUACAAAUCGCUCUACGGAAAGGACCACUUUUUUACACACACACACACACACACACACACACACACAUUCCCACACACUCACAUGCACACAACUACAACAAUACCAACAAAUCCUACCGAGGCGUGUUGAUAUCUCCGGUUCGUACCUUCACACGCAAUGUACCGGGGAAGGCACCGGUUUUCCUAUAACUAGCGAUACAAAAGAAGGAGUAGAAGAAGCAGAAGCAGAAAAACCGUUUAGUAAGCAGCAUUUGCAAGAAAAAAACAAUUCAUGACAGAUAAGAAAGUAAAGAGAAAAAAAAACAUUGUAAAAAUCUAGGAUACAGGGUAUUUCUUGCAAUUAUUGAAAAUAAUGAGAAAUUAAAUACUUAUAGGGACAAAACAAACAAACAAACAAACAAACAAAAGAACGUUGAACAGAGAAAGAUGGAAAAGGGGGAGGUGGGACGGUACGAGUAGGGAGCGCAUAGGGAGGGAGAGAUUAAAACAAAACUUACAUUUUUAAUACUACUUACAAAACUCAUUAUUAUUGCGAUUUAAAACGAACAAACCAACCAAAGGUUAAAUCAUUAUUAUACAUUUUUGCUAACAUAAUUCCUAUCAUUAUUAUCACAUUGCAUUAUUGCACCACGUGUGGUGCGUAUAAAACGGGGAGGCCAGUUAGAUGGAGAUAGUUCUGUUAAUCCGCUCGUAAUUAAACAAAACACUCACACACACAAACACACAUACAAGUUUUUAGGAAAGUGUGACAGAACGAAUAGAGGGAAGCAAAAUAAAUAAAAAAAAAAGUCAGUAACAAACAAACAAACACACCUUUACACAGCGCAUUAAUCAUUACUAUACUAUAAAUUUAAAAAAGUUCAUUAAAAUUUACACAAAACUUUAAAAAGUGACAUCCUUACGACACAGUAGAAGCGAAUCACACAUACACACACUCACACAGACAAAAGUAAAGCUGUGCGAUUGUUGUUGCAAAACGGAAGAAUGCGUUUUUUAGAGACCGGACCCUCCGAACGAGUUUGAUUGCUCCUUCUAACAACUGCUACUUCUUCUUUCCGAUUCGAUUUAGAAAACUUUUUCUCCUUUAUUCUUCUUGUGUAGCCUUUAGACGUUUCAGCCUGUGGCCAUAUAACAAACCAGAAACAAAAAACAAAACCAAAAAAAUAAAUAAAUAAACAAACAAACAAAAAUUCACGCGAAGAUGGGGGUGUGGUGAAAACGAUAUGAUGUUUAAAGAAAUUAGUUUUGUGAUAUGAAUAUUUAUAAUGAAUAAUACUAAUAAUAACAAAAAAUAAUAAUAAUAUUAAAAACAAAUAAUACUUAUAAUAAUAACAGAACAGAGAAGCAGACAAAAACAAAAACCCAACCUUUAUGAACGAUUGCUAAUUGAAAACAGGAAAUAUAAACAAGCAAACACUCACACACACACACACACACACACACAUACACAGACGAAGAACUGUUGCGGCACAAACGAGGCGUCCAGGCGAGCAGAGCACAACACUUGAGGUAUGCGUGGCCGGUGAUCCACUCAAGAGGAAGUAAAUGAAGGUGGGAAGAAUCAGACCGAUGCGUUGAUACAAUAAAAGCGUUGAUGAAUUUAUUAACUCACUUAGCAGAAAUAGAACUUUGAGUGACAAAUUUACCAGCGAAUUUCAGGUGAAAUUUACCAUUUUUCUUUUUAAAUGAAAGAAAAAAGCAACAUUUUUCCUUCAUUUUGUUAUAUUAUUUUACAUUUCCAUCUCGGAUUAUGAGUUCCAACAGAUGUUUCUUCCUAAGGAACCUGGUAGUUGGUACUAAGGUUCUUGUACCAUCACUUCGUAGUGGUCGAUCAGUCCAAGAAAUUCAAAGGGAUUGUGGCUGUGUAUGCAUCUUCAAAUAAUUAAAACAAUUUUCAAAUACUUCAAUUUUGAUUUUUUUUAUUUGUUUACAAUUACGAACUGUUGUGUUCCGAAAUAGGAUUAAUGAGUUAAGAUGAAUCACAAUCCUAAAGCUAAAUGGACACCGAUAGCACGCAUACUAAGCAGGUCCUGUACGCGCGUUUGUGGCCAACGCAGUGAUGAUGGAUGGCAUCACGUUUAAAGUUUAGUAUCAAUCAAAGAAAAGCCAAAAACUGGGUGCGGCAGACAAGAAUAGACCUUUACAAGCGACACAUGCGAGCGUUAGAGAGAGAGAGAGAGAGAGGGCGAAAACGAGAACAAAGGUCUCCAGUACUUUGAUGCGAAGCACCAAACAAGUAAAGCACGAGGGAUAAGUGAAGAAGCUGGUGCAAAAAGGAAGAACAAGAUGAAGAUGAGAAAAAAAUAUAUAUACCAUAUAUACAAAGGAAAUACUUUAAAAUUUCACUUAACAAAAAUAACACAAUGUGAAGGAGACAACAACUGUACAUUGCGAUAUUUAACGCUUUGAAAACAAGCAGAGGACAGUAAACAAAACAAAAGUAUAUAUAAAUGAUAAUUUAGUAUAUUUAGUAUAACAAAAACCAAACCAAACAAAAAGAAGAAGGAUCGUAAAUGAUAACCUACGUAGAGAAGCAAGAGCCGCCAAUAGCAUAACAAUGUCUCGUGAAGGAAGCAAAAGCCGACUAACCUAGCCAGAGUCUCAGCGUGUUCCUGGGAACCCCGGAGCCGGGCUUACCAACACGCACUGGUGAUUCAGUCAGCCAGUGGAAUGCGCGAACAGCAACAAAGAAGAAAAAAAAGAAAACCUAUUAAAAUUAAACCAAAUUUUUAGACAAAUUUACUUUGUUUUCUUUCUCCUAACAAUUGAGAAAAGGAAAAUGAAACACACGCAUUCGCGUAAGGCUUGGGGCGGAUUGUAAAUCACUCACACACAUCCACACACGCGCUGUUGACCAUUCUUAAUGUGUUCUGAUCAGCAGCAAGAUCAAAACAUUUUCAUAUUUUCGUUAGAGGGUAGAGUUGGGGGUGAAAAUUUUCAUUUUUCCUCCUCUUUAAUCCAUCUGUUCUUAAGUAAUUUUAUUUUUAUUUUUUAUUACACGCUCCAAUCAUAUCAUGUGCCGAAUGAAUCAUUUUGCGUCGGAAAAAAAAACAAUUUAAUUCGAUGUUCGCCCGUGCUGUGUUCGGUUGGCAGAACAGAGUUUUGAGAUUGUGAUACGAGUGUGUUGCGAGCUGCAGAACAUUUUCGCUCUAUUCAACGCGCACAAAAGGUCUAAGUACAAUAAAUUAGUUUGUAGGUGAGUUGAGUUGCUUUUAUUUGAAACAAAUUUAAAAGCAAACAGUUUGAUGAAAAAAUCUGCGUGAAAAAUUUGUUUGAUGUUGUGUAAAAUUUGAAAACAAACACAACAAUACACAAAAUGCGUUUCGUUUAAAACAAACACACAAAAUCCCCCCCAGAAAGCGGGAAAUUCAGAAGCAGGCAAGGAUAAAAUGGAAAGAGAAGGAAAGAUUAGGAAGGAAAUUGCGAGCCCGACACAAAAUAAUUAAAAUGGGAAAACUUUAAUUAUUACGACAAUAUGGUAUUAUAAUAAAAGUAAUAUAAAGAACAUUGAAAUGAAGCCUUAAACCAUGUAUAUGCUACAUUAAACGACAACCAAAACAAGAAAAAAAACAAGCCGACUGUGCACGACUUAAUUAAAGAUGAAAACGAAACUUAUCCAAAGCAGCAGCAACAAAAAAGGGAAACGGAAAUGAAAAAAUCCAUACACGUGCGCUUUCAAAUGAUCCAAACACACACACAAAUACACACCACAUCCCGCUUGAUGAAACACACACAAACACAGACACAGCAAUGCAAAUGGAGGCAAGCUCGAUCUGAGGCGAUCGAACGGGAGGAUCAUCAAUUCAACGUCAUCACCACCACUACUACGAACACAACAACACAACUACGACCAUAUUGAAUGGUUUCAAUCAAAGAAUUUUCUCUUUAACAAAACUUUAAACGAAUAAACAAACAAACAAAGAAAAAUACAAAUUACUCUGCCAACAUUGGUAGUAAACCAAAACAAGCAAAGCAGCGCAAAGGAAAAGCAAAAACCAAGCCACAAUGCCACCAUGAUUCGGUGGGUGGUGUGUGCUUGCUUUAAGAUUAAACAAACAACCAAGUAUCCUAAACACACAACUACUACUAUUAAAUAAUGGUAAUAACGGUUCAUCGCUCUCUUUCUUCUCUGCGUAAACUCACACAGACACACCCUCACGGACACACAUACUUUGCGUAAGAUAACGGUAGCACAGGGAUCGACUGGUUUGUACCAUAUCUACAUAAAUUCAAGAAGUUAUGACGGUGCAACGGUGCGGAAAACCAAACAGAAAGAAAGGUGGAGAAAAAAAGAGGGUUUUCGAUCGAUCGGCAACACUUGUUCGAUUGAGCGGAUUUCUUGUGAUCACCUCGGUGUGGUUAAAAGUUACACAAAAUGCUAGCCCUUUUCGGUCUGUUAUCUGUUAAGUGGAUUUGAUUUACCUGCGCGAUUCGACAGGUUUAAGUUGAGCUACAUUUUUAAACAAAAAAAAAUCCUUCAAUUACAGCUCGAUAAGCUUUCCCUUUGAUUUGAGACUACAAAAUAGGGAACGUCACUUACUAUAGUAGCGAUAAGACGCCGUACGGUAGAGAAGAAAAAUUCUGUUUUUACGAUAAGCGCGUAGACCAUACUUUACCAGUGUGCAGCUGGACUCAAACACAUACAGACAGGCACACACAAAAACCAGUAAACAUGAGAACUAUUUAGAGUAGUUAAAAUAAAAUUAAAAAAAAACGACGGAACAGUAGCAGAUGAGAGCGAUCAGCAAGAGGUAUCCGUAAAAAAAAGUAUAUACAUAAAUAUAUAUAUUUAUAAAUCAUAAGAAUUAUUUAUAUAUCGGAAAGAGUACAGAGAAAACUGAACACUCACACACUGUAACGACACAAUGAGAAAAUUAGAGCGAGCGAGGCGCAAGCUAGCGCAUGAUCUACAACAGUUUAAGUACAACAGUAUUAGACUUUACUGAUGCCACGAUCGAAAAGGAGGUUGAGUUCUAUCUUCUUCAACUUCAGCUCUGUGUUUUUUGGUUUUGUAAGAGGCCAUUUAAACAAAAUUGAUUUUUGAAUUUUGAGCCAAAAUUAACAACAAACAAAAAACACGCGAUCUCUCAAGGCCCAGUAGGACUAGCAACUCUCUAAACCAUAUCAAUCAGGUACUAAAGCUAUACUACCGCACCACGGCUAGCGACCAUGCUAGAGGGCAAGUGCAAUCUAUUAGUCGACAAUAGUUUUUAAAAUUAAGCUAUCGGUUAGUUUAAAUUUGUUUUGAUUGAUCGUUUGGUUGAUCGUUCAAUUGAUUGUGAACCACAUUCAAAAUGGCAGUUGGAAGGGUAGGUUUCCAUUUGAUUGUUUGUUAGUACAGAGCUACUCUCUCCAACAUCUGGACCAUUGGCCGAAACAGUGAAGAACAUUAAACUCGAAGCUUAGGAUAUUCCAUAAGCCGAUGACGGCAGGCGACUAAAGCGCAAGUUAAAAAACUUAAGUUAAACAAAGGGUAACUUCACACAGCAACACUAACCGGACGUUUUGAAGACAUCUUUCUUUAAAGUAAAGCAUAGAACGUUGGCCUCGACUCUCCCACGAUCUCCAGAUUCCACUUCGCGCUAUGUUAUCUUUGUUGAUGCGAAGCUUGAGAAGGUAAUGGGGAUGAUGUUUUUUUUGCGACGGCGCCACGGAGGUAACAAUUCAAUAUUUUAAUCUUAAAUCGUACAUAUAAUCCUUACCCACACACAAACACACACCUUUCAUUCAAUGCAAACAACUACUGCUAACUACAUACACGAAUCCAUUAUACGAUACAUUCUACUUUACUUACUCUCGUUCGUAGUGUUGUAAUGUAAUGAGCUUUAUUCUCAUUUGUUAACGUAUUGCUUAGCCCUUUUAGAAGCCAACUUUGUAGAAAUGAGCGCUCGUGAGCUGAGGAAACCAGAAGUCCGGGCAGGAGGAUACGGUGGGUGACAUCAGUAAAUUGCCAAACAAACAAACAAGAAAAAAAAACCGAAAACCCACUUUGUAGGAAUAACAAAACAUAAGCUCGCAAGUAUGCAACGGGAAUGGCUGCUAGGGCGUGAAAGUGAGAAAACUGAGGAUCACGAAGACGAUGAUUACCCACAGUAGACUGAGGUCUAGGCUCAUUGAGCUAUUGAGCAGUAACGAAAGCGGGAAACCCAACCUAAAACCACCCGUUGUGAACUGAGGCGGGUUUAUUAGCAGGAGCUAAAAGGCUGCGAAGACACAGCUCUUGCCACCGUUAAUCAAGGGAAGGAACAGUAUGGCUGGCACACUGUGUAGAGAGGGUAUUGAUGGUGCAAACAUAGUGAAAGCGCAUCUGCGUGUCCUAGCGAUUACUAGCAAGCAAGCGACAAAAAGAAAAGAAAACCAAACGCUAGGAAAUCGUGAAAAGUCAGUCAAAGAGAACAGAACAAAACAAAAAAACUAGCGUGGACGACACGUCUUCAUAACAAACAUUACAUGCAUUCUAAUUAGUGAAUUUAAUGCCGACGCGUAGUGGAAAUAAAACAAAACUUAUUGUAAACGCAAAAGAAACCACAACAAACAAAAACAGGAGAAUGAAUAAAUUAAUAAACACGUAUUAAGUACUCUUCAUCAAUUACUUAUUAGUGCGAAAAGAGAAAACCCCCCGAACAAGAAACAAGAAUAAAUUAACAGCACAAUAAAGAAGGAAAUAACACACACACAACCAAACAACUCACUCACUCUCUCUCUAUCUCUUUCUCUUAGCAAAAUAUAACUCAACAGCAGAACAGAACAGAACAGAACAGAACAAAGUAAAGUAAAACAUUAAACAAUAUUUAAAAACAAAUGCAACUUAAUGCAUACUUAACACGUAAACCUUCGUUUGAUUGAAGCUCUGCAUUACGGAUGAUUCAUGCGCAUUAUAUGCUUCCCAAUGGUGGAAAGCAAAACAAAACUAAGUCUAAUUAUUACGAUGAUUAUUAGUAACAUUAUUAUCAUUACUUCUACUUAAUAUAAUUCUAAAAAAACUAGCAAACCAAACAGGUAAACGCGGUAAGCAUCGGCCAUGCGGAAUAAUGGUCACGACGAGUGUUGGGCACUAACAGAGCUAGUAGACAAACGGGCCGAACAAAACAGUAAGAAAAAAGGAAAUAAAUAAUAAUUAAAGAUGAGGCGGUAGUACACGGCAAAACAUUGCAUUAUUUUGUAGAUGAGAUACGAGUUGGCCCACAGUCAACCAGUUAAGCUCGACGCCGGAGUUUGAGCCACUGCUGACUUCCGAGUAACUCGGCGCUACGGUUAUAAAGAAGCUGCUAGAAGAAUAAGAGGAAUUUACAGGAUAGCUGCCUGAUAGUCUAGGACUACUUACUAGUAUGAAUGAGCGGUGUGUUGAGGAUGAAGGGGGUGGGAGGGUUAGGGUGGGGAAAAAAGAAGCUGAGGAAAACAGAAUGCAAAUGCAAACACAAAACAGGAACACAACAACAGUAAUGUUCGUUUUUUUGUUGUUUUUCGCAGUUUGCAGCUAAUUUACGAGACUUUAGCAAACAAACAAGAACAAAAAGGGAAAAUCAACCAAACAAAAAAAAAACAAAACAAAACAAAA